UUACAUUUGCAUGCACAGCUAAAUACAAUCAGUUAUUGAUUUCAUGAUUUUUAUACAUGGUUUUAAGAGUUUAAACAUUCUUUUGCUGCAAGCUGGUACUGAUUUCAUGAUCACUUCCUGAUGAAACUGAAUAUCUUCAGUGAGAUUUUGUCACAUGUUCACACUGCUCGAGAGCUCCAGAUGAGACAUCAACAGAAGACACAAACUGAUGAAUAUCUGUCAGGAUGUUGGUUUUCAUUGUGUUUUUCAUCAGUCUUAAAGAUCUCGUGAAUGGUAAUCAGGAAGAGGUAAAGACAGUGAUGGAGGGAGAUGUUCUGACUCUACAUACAGGAGCUCAGCUGAAGAGAGACUCUGAGACAAUGUGGUUUUUUAAAAGUGACAAUCUUAUAGCACACAUUAAUAAUGGAAAAGUUUUAACUCAUUUUGAAAAGAGACUUACUGGCAGAUUGCAUCUAGAUCAAGAGAGCGGAUCACUGACCAUCUGGAAUAUCAGUACCAGUGAUUCUGGACUUUAUGAAGUAUCUCUCACCAUCAGGUUACUCGUCAAUGAGAAGAAGUUCACAGUUAAUGUAUAUGCACCUGUCUCUGUACCUGCUAUUAAGAGGAACUCAUUGGUUACUGCGCACCAAUCUUCAGGCACUUUGAAUCAGUCACGAGCAGUAGAAGAUUUCUGCUCUGUGUUCUGCUCUGUGAGAAAUGAUCGAGACGUGUUCAUCUCGUGGUAUAAAGGGAGUGAAAUGGUGAAUCAGACCAGCAAUCCUGAUCUCAGCAUCAAACUCAGUUUACCAUUAGAGCUUCAUUAUAAUGAUUCAGAGAUCUACAGCUGCACGGCUGCAAAUCCAGUGAGCAAAAAGAGCGUCAGUCUUCACAUGAACGAGAUCUGCCCACGACAUGAAGAUUGUCUGGAUCAUUGUGGCGUCACUGAAGCUCUGAUUCGACUGGUUUUGUCUGGUCUGGUGGGAAUCGCCACUGUUUUCUUUCUGGUUGAGCAUGUGAAGAUCUCCUCAUCUCAGAGAAGAGCUGCUGCUGUGUGAUGAUGAUACUUUCAGAGUUUGCAGGCUGUGAACUUUGACACUGAAGGAGGUUUGCAGGGUAAAGAGUUUAAAGUGUAAAGCACCUCAUUUAUUACUUUGGAUAAAGCUAUCUGCUAAAAUGAUAUGUAGUAGGCUAAGUGUGACCAGUAUGCUUUGCAGGUUACAUAAAAUGCACACAAACAUUUAUACUAACCUAAAUAUAUUUAUGUGUGAGUAUGAAUGUUUAAUUUGUAUGUUUGGCGGUUUGACUGUUAUAAUCAUUAAUAAUGUAUUAAAGUUUUGCUUGUAACUUUAAUAGCUUAAUUUUGUUCAGUGUUUCAGAGUAAAACACUAUUAAAAUAGCAUUAGCAGACAGCA